AUGGCAACCAACGCCCCCCACAGACCCUACAUGCGCAAAUGCAUUGUCCUAGCCUCCCAAUCCCCACCUCGUCCAACAAACUUCCGUGUCGGCGCAAUUCUCAUCUCCCGCGCCGACAAUGACCCCACCUUUUCCGAGGACCGCAUCCUCUCAACAGGCUACACAAUGGAAUUGGCCGGCAACACCCACGCUGAACAAUGCUGUUUCUCCAACUUUGCAGCUGUCCACAGCGUCUCUGAAGAAGAAGUGGGAACCGUGCUACCCGUUGAAGAGGGUCGCAAGCUCGUGAUGUAUGUCACGAUGGAGCCGUGCGGGAAGCGCUUAUCUGGCAAUGCGCCUUGCGUGCAGCGGAUUAUUAAGACGAGGGAGGGAGGUCGCCCGGGUGUUCAUAAGGUUUAUUUUGGGGUGAAAGAGCCUGGUACUUUUGUGGGGGAGAGUGAGGGGUGUAAGAUGCUUGAGAGUGCGGGGAUUGAGUGGGAAUAUGUCGGUGGCUUUGAGAAGGAGAUUUUGAAGGUUGCUAUGGCUGGACAUGAGAAUUCUGAACAGAAGGUGAGAGAGGCUUUGGGGGAGGCGGGGGUUGAUGAUGCUGAACAGAAGGAGGCUCCGAGAAAUCCGAAGAAGAGGAUGAUGGAGGGUGAGAAUAUUAUUUACUAG